GUACGGAGUACAGGGUUACUGACGCACGCGGUUUGUUGUCGGAAAUGCUAUCACAUUUUACUUGAAGCCGUUCGAUAAGACUGGUUGUUUAUCUACGAGACGGGACAUUUUCAUAUCGCGACGAUGUGUGGUCGAUAUGCGUUGGGCGUUCGCCUCGCCUUCAUUAGACACCAACUGCAACGUCAAGGCCAGCAAGUGGAUGAAGUUCCAGAUGACGACGACGUGAGAGAAACUUACAACUUCGCCCCUGGGUACUAUGGUGCCGUCUACCGCGCUGAUACCCCUGACCAGGGGGGAUAUAAUCCUGCUGAGGCAUACGACGGAGGACGUCAUGCCGCAGAGCAUAAGAUGCCGGAAGAUGAGGGCAAGGCACAGCUGACUAGUGGAGGAAUCGAAGACGAACGUGUCAAGUAUAAGCUUCAGGGUAUGAAAUGGGGUCUUGUUCCAUUCUGGACGAAACGGUCACCAAAUUAUGGCUCGUUGAUGAAAACUAUCAAUUGUCGAGACGACUCUCUGGCUGAGAAUAAGGGGAUGUGGACGUCCAUGAAAAAGCGGAAGCGCUGUGUAGUUGUUUGUCAGGGGUUCUAUGAAUGGCUAAAAAAGGGUAAGGAAAAGAUUCCACAUUUCAUUCGCCGGAAAGAUGGCGAUCUGAUGUGCUUUGCCGGAUUAUGGGACUGCGUCAAGUAUGACGAUUCCGAUGAAAAACUGUACACUUUUACAAUAAUCACGACUUCUUCAAAUGCCUACCUGAGCUUUAUACAUGACCGCAUGCCUGUUAUCCUGGAACCGGGAAGCCCAGAAAUGGCCGCAUGGCUUGAUCCCCAUCGGACCACUUGGACUAAAGAACUGCAGUCCAUGCUGAAACCCUACCAAGGGGAGCUGGAAGCAUACCCGGUGAACAGAGAUGUAGGGAAAGUGGGAAACAACUCUCCCGACUUUAUUAUCCCGAUCAAUAGCCAAGAGAACAAGAAGAAUAUUGCCAACUUCUUCGCGAACACACAAAAGAAGGCAAAGGCUGAGGGACCGUCAUCACAGCCCGGCAAGGUAGUGAAUGAAAUCGAGCAGCUAGAGAAGGAUUUAAAAUUUAAAUCAGACCUCGAACCUGAAUCACAGGAAAUAUCUAAGGACAAGGGACCUAUGACCGAAUCUGCGGGGACCAAGCGCGGAUAUCCGGUCGACGAAGCGGCAGACGUUAAGCCAGCCAAAAUUCCUAGGACGGGAGGCACCUCCAAGUCGCCAACCAAGCGUGCAGCUUCAAUAUCACCGGUGAAGGCUACCAUUCCAGGAAGGAAGACGCGCAGUGCUACAAGCAACGGUUCAGCCGCUGGCAGCGGCAAAACGGCCGAUGCGAAGCGAGCUGCGCGUGGAAGUCAGCGGAUCACAAGUUUCUUCAAGAAGUGA